CAAAGAGCAUUAGUCCAUCAGAAAUCACCAUGAAAAUAGAAUCAUUCAACUGAUCAACUCAAAGCAAAGAUAUAAAUAUGAAUUUCUCAGUGGAGAAACAGAAUGGCUUCUACUCAGCUGGUUCCUAUGAAGAGAACAUGCUCUUUGCCACUUUAUACAUUAUUAUCUUCAUCAUUUCUGUUCCAUGCAACUUGCUGGCUCUGUGGGUUUUCUUUCAUAGUAAGAGCUCCUCCUCUUCCAAUGUGUUUCUGCUGAACCUGGCUAUAGCUGACAUGUGUUAUGUUUUGGUGCUGCCCAUGCGUGUGAUUUAUCAUGCUUUAAAUAGUGACUGGCCACUUGGGGAGGCAUUUUGUCGCAUGGUGGGGUUUCUGUUCUUUAUAAAUCUUUACUGCAGCAUGUACUUCAUAACUUGCAUUGGCCUGGACCGCCUACUGGCCAUCAGCCUACCCCUGAAAGGCCAAUCCGUGAGGAAAAGUAAAAACGCUAAAGUGGUCUGUGCCAUUUUGUGGACAUUGGUGACUUUUUCAAUGGUGCCUGUGCUCUUCUCUCACCAAACAACUAACUUUUUGCCCUCUGGCAGGAAUGUGACCAAUUGUAAUCAGCUGUACUUGGAAAAUGGAUCUAUCAAAGCUUUUGUGUCAACUGCGGUUGCAAUUUCUAUCCCUCUGUUCUCUCUGACAGUGUCUUAUAUUCUCAUUCUUCUUAAACUCAGAGGGAUGACAUUUAACCAGAGAAAAUCUGUUCAAAGUAAAGCAAUCAGAAUGAUAUUACUUACUUUGGUUACCUUCAUAGUGGCCUUUGUGCCCUAUCACAUACAUCGUUUGAUUUACAUAGAGCGCCACAAACAGGGCAAUUUAUUUGAUUUUGAAAUUAGAUCUUUAGCAUUUGGUAACCGUUUAACCUCUGCUCUCACAUGUGUUAGUGGUAUAAUGGAUCCUCUUCUGUACUUCUUUCUGGCUCAAAAUUACAAGAGGUCUCUGCGUCGGCUAUAUGGAACAGCAACAAAGACCAGUCACAGUUAACCUCUUGAAUGAAAAUAGAGGAUUUUCAAAACCACAUUUCUUGGAUAAAUGGUCAAACAAAUAAAUCUUUCUGCAACCUGCUUGUUAAAAUAUUAGCUGGAUCAUCCUCAGAUGAUAGCUAUCAGAUUAGUAGAAUCAAAUGUUUCUUGUUUGUGUAAUGCAAUGUGUGGAAAAGCAGUGAAGUUUAAAGAUCACAUUCAUACAGUGUUGUAUGUGGAUGAAAUAUUAAUUGGUUGGAUCAUAUUCAAUGCCA